AUGCUGAAUCCUACGGAACAUAUCCUCCAAAUUUAUGAAGCAAAGCUUGAUGAGGAACGUGCGAAGAAGGCCGCGAAAACACGUAAACCAGUAGAAGACAAGCCGAGCACAUCGUGUUCUAACCAGGCGGUAGAAGCCGGGUCUGCACAAAAAAAGGAAGAAGUACAGAAAAAUGAAAAAAGGGAUGAGAAAUCGACGAUUAAGAAUGGGUUGGUCAAAAGAGCGGAAAAACGAAAAGCAGAUACCAACAAACCAGUUUCCAUCCAAGAUUCCUCCGCAUCAGCUGCUUAUAAAUCGUUAUUUACAACGUGUGAAGAAGCGAAGCGUAAACCGGAACCCCACUGGGUGACACAUAAUCCUUUGUUUUAUUGA